AUGACACAAAGAGUAGAUCUGGGUGGCAAACCAACGGGUCCGCUGGCCGGCGUGCGAGUGAUUGAUUUUACCGCGGUUUAUUCCGGUCCGAUCGCCGCUUCGAUCCUGGGAGAUCAGGGUGCGCAGGUGAUCAAAGUUGAAUCCGCUGCAGGCGACCUGAUGCGCCGCGGGCUACCCAAAAGUAAUGGCCUGGGUGGCGCGUUUGCGGCUAUGAAUCGCAACAAAAAAUCCGUCUGUCUAAAUCUGCAAACUGAUGCAGGACGCGAGAUUGCCCGUCAAUUGGUCAGCACCGCAGAUGUGGUAAUGGAAAAUUUCCGCCCCGGCGUCAUGGACAGGUUGGGUAUUGGUUAUGACAGCUUUAAAGCUGAACAACCUAAACUGGUUUACGUGUCGAUUAAUGGUGUUGGUUCAGUGGGGCCGUAUGCCAACCGACGCGUAUACGACGCUGUGAUUCAGGCUAUUUCCGGUUUCACAACGCUGCAACCGGAAGGUGAUCCGGCCAUGGUCAACUCGCUGGUUUGUGACAAAGUGACCUCGCUGACUGCUGCCCAGGCAGUGACGGCUGCACUGUUCCAGGCUGAACGUUCAGGUCAGGGCCAGCGGGUAGAGCUGUCUAUGCUCGAUGCCAAUCUCUACUUCCUGUGGCCUGAUGUGAUGACCAAUUUCACUUUUAUGGACCCGGGAGUAGAAAAAAUUCCAUAUCUCGACCACAGCCUGUUCCUGCGCCGCACCCUUGAUGGCUGGAUAGCGGUGAUGCCGGUGCAACAGGCUGAACUGCUGGGUGCUUUCCGCGCUCUUGGAGUUGAGCAUCUGAUUGAUGACGAACGCUUCAACACAUUUGAAGCGCGCGCGCGCAAUCGCACGCUGAUGAAGCAGCUCAUGGAUGAAGCGUACGCAAAGUUCUCUACGGACGAAUUGGUGGAGCGCAUGGAAGCAAACGAUGUGCCGUACUCGCGCGUGAACAUGCGUGACGAAGUUGUGGAUGAUCCGCAAAUACAGGCCAUGCAGGCUUUGUGGCGCUAUGAACAUCCGCUCGCGGGUGAGGUUCGAUCGCCGCGGCCCCCUGCGCAGUUUGAACGCACCCCCAGUAAUGUACAUGCGCACACGCCGGGGCUGGGUGAGCACAAUGCGGAAAUUCUGGCUGAGCUGGGCAUAGAAAAGGCGCGUAUUUCUCAGCUUUACGAUGAGGGCUCCUUUAUGUCGUUCUUUUAUCCUUUGAACAUCACGACCUCGCUGGCGGCAACGUUUCUGCGCGGGGGUGCCGGCGUAUCUGCCCGGCCUGCGUCCAGUAUGCCGGCUCAGUUGUUGAAACUGUACGAGUUCGAAGGCUGCCCGCACUGCCGACUGGUGCGUGAAGUGCUCACGGAGCUGGAUAUCGAUGCGUUGAUCCUGCCCUGUCCCAAAGGUGGGCAUCGUUAUCGAGAUGAAGUCAUUGAACAAGGCGGCAAAGCACAGUUUCCCUAUCUGGUUGAUCCGAAUACAGACGUCCGUAUGUAUGAAUCGUCGGAUAUCAUCGAUUAUCUGUUUGCGACCUAUGCGGGUCGUCCUAAACCCUGGCACUGGCAGGCCAUAGAGCUUCAGCGCUUCAGUUCUGUACUGGCUGCUGUGCCUCGAAUGGGCCAGGGUGUGGUGGUGAAAAACUCCAGAGCACCAGCACAACCUCUGGAGCUUUAUAGUUUUGAGUCGAGCCCUUUUGCGCGCCCGGUGCGAGAUCUGUUGUGUGAGAUGGAACUGCCUUACAUCCUGCGAUCCGUUGGUCGCGCGCGUUUGGCAGAUUGGGUGCCGCCGGCAAUGCGCAAGGCCCAAACUGAACAGGCCGAACCGGCCACUCGUAACCGGCAGGCUCUGCAGGCGAGGGUAGGGCUUAUUUCGAUUCCCUACCUGGUGGAUCCCAACACAGGUGUUGAGUUAGCAGAGUCGUCCGACAUUCUGGAUUAUCUACAGAAAACCUACGCGCGCUAG